CUUAGUUCCAGGCUCACCUGCGAGACAUGUAAAAGACGCAAGGUCAAGUGUGACAAGCUCCAUCCUUGCACGAGCUGCCGCAAGGCCAGUAUUCAGUGUGUUCCUGUUGAGUGGACUCGGCUCCCACGGGGCCAGUCAGCGAAAAAGAAGUGCUUUCAGGAGGAAAUGAUGUCCCGGUGUCCAGACACUGAAUAUAUCAAACCGCGUCUCAAUGCUCGAGGGACUAAUUCAUAACUUGCUUAACAGCCAGACAGAGUCUCGUCUCGAGGAUCUAGAUUAUAGCGGAUCGCUAAAUGUGGGUUCUAGUUGGGAUGGUGCGGAUACCCCGGGCUCAGGCAUCCCGUCGCUGGACAGUGCUAUCCAGCCAGCCGGCAGUCAGUACGACAGCUUCAACUAUCCGAGUACGAGCCAGGGUCAUCAUGUAUCCCCAAACAAUGUGGCGCCCAGGGAGGGUGAUGAUUCUCGCCUGCAGGAAAUUUACAUAAUGCAGGUCGAUCCCAUAUUUCCCCUUUUGCAAUGCUCGUCUCUAUGGGCCUACGUCACGCAAGGGGGGCCAUACCUCACUUAUGCUGCAGACCAUCCUGCUCCUAGGGCUCUAGUUUGUGCUAUCAGCUACAUGACGAUCACCACACUCAGCAAUGACCAAUGCUAUGGAGAGUUUGAUUCUUCUCGUGAUUUGCACCUUAAUAAGUAUCACAGUUUGACUAUCCGUGCUCUCGAACACGUUGAUUAUAUCAAUACUGAUGAUAUUGCUGUCUUUCAAGCCUUUGUGCCGUUUUUAGCAUCUUCUACGAUGCUUUUAGGAUCGCAUGGCCAGAGCCGAAGGGCAUGGACAAUGCUAAGUCUUGCGCUACGGAUUGCCCAAUCGCUCCUCGACAUUUCGGACCCGCCAUUCAUGGUGACGCCAUUAGAACGUGAGAUGCGCCGCCGUCUGUGGCAUAUAAUAUCAUUGCUAGAUGUUCAAGCCUCCUUUAACCAUGGUUCCUCGCCAAUGCUCCAGCUUGAUUGCCUUAUGUCUCACAUCUCUCUGGCAAUAGACUUUCUUGAUUUCUUUGCGCCACCUAAAGAUAAUAGCUCGCCUUUUCCUGGACCAACCUCCCUCGCAGACCCGACAUUUAUCAUGGUUAUGGCCGAAGGACAGCAUGCAUUCCGCUCUCUGAAUCUCCCCAGGGGCGCAGAUGGGUGUAUGACCAGCAUUGACACCCAUUUUCUCCUCCAAAUCGCUGCUACCUUUCAGCAAAAUUCUCAAGCCCUCCUAGCGGGAUUGCUCCCAGAUAAAAUCCCUUUCCGCUUGUUCCUGGAACAGCUUGUAGAGGUUACCCACGCUUUCCUGCAGCUGGUGGCUGUAAAGCCUGUGCAGGGGACCGCCAAGGGCUAUUUCUCAGAGGAUAUUAUAUCCCCAAGCAGCCUGCUCUCGUUAGCAACCAAUUUCCUGCAGGCUCUCAACAACAUGUACCAGGAUCCCCGAAUCGAGCCCUUCCGGUGGUACGUGCGAUUAUUUGCCCCCCUGGCACGCGUUCUCUGUGGCUAUGGACAUUGUAUGUGCUUGUGAUGAUAGUUCACUC